UUCUCUAAUCAAGGUUCUGGGCCUCGUGUGAGUCGACCAAUGUUUGCAGAAGAAAAUCGCAGCGGUGAUGGUCAUGAUAAAAAAUCUACGCCUUUGAUCGAAAUGGUUAAAGACGGCCAACUUGGAUCCGUUGUGGAAUACAUUCAGAAGAACCCUUUGGCAGUUCAUGAAAGAGAUGUGAAUUCAAUUUGGGUCAAUGAGGACUUAAAUACUCCAAUUUUGUGA